CUUUCCUCUGAAGAGAAUGGAAUCUUAAAUUGAUGCAAAGAAUGUGUGAUUUAUUGAUCCCAGUCUAUUUCUUUAUUCAGUAUCUAUUAAUUUUUAAAAUUUUCCUUCAAAUGAAACGAAUGGGAUGCUGAGGAUAACUCCACCAGCAGAGAAACUUUUGUUUACUAUUUUAGUUGAGCGUGUCCCUUUAAUAAUUGGAGUGAGUUUUACAGAAAAUUUAAUAAGUUAUGUGUACUAUACAUCGCAAAGAAUUACCAUGAACAAGCAUUCAAAUCUGAACAGUGAGAUGAAUAAUUCAGUUUAUGUUUUGGUUUCUUUCAAUUAAAGGUAGGUCGUACAGUGUUUUUGAGUUUUGCAGGAUUUGCUUGUGAAACUAUCCAAAUUUUGCCGUUUUUUCAUCAUUCACGGAACCCGUUUUCAUGCCUUUCUUUUUAAUUAUAAAGAAAAAAAGUUAAUUGAUCAAAAUAGUUUUGUACAAACACGAAAAUAACGAAGAACUGCUGAUCUGCCUCUUAAGAUGGGAUUUGAGGAUAUUAUUAUCUUUCCAAAAGAAGAAGAUGUAGAAGUUUUGGAUACUACUUCAGUGAAAAAGAUCCAAAUCAUUCAUGACAAGAAAGGAUUCAAAAUUGAUGACUUUAUAUCAGUUAUAAGUGAUGGACAUCUCAAAAACACUUUCCUCCAUGAAUUUCUUGAGGGCAGUGAAAUAGAUUUCUUGCAAACACCUCCCAUUCAAAGGAAUCCUGAACUUGCAGCAAGAGUUGAGAAGCUGAAAGCAGAACAAGCAAAUGCAGAAUAUAGGAAGAUGACCAAAACUAUUUCACCACAGAGUAAACACUCUGAAAAUUUUAGGGAUGAUAUUAAAGCUGUAACAUCACAAGUAACUGCAAUAAUUAAUUUUGUACUAUCUAUUGGUGGCAGCUUUUUCUUUGCAUAUAAAGCUGUUGAAUAUGCACUCCCACAACAGAAUAUUCCAGCUCAAGUAUUGAUGGGCAUCAUCACUUCCACUGUUGUAGCGCUAGCAGAUCUAUAUUUCCUUGCUCGCACAAUCUGAAGAUUUUCUUCUUUCUUGUUUAUGAAGGAUUUCAGUAAGGUUCAUUACUAAAGAGUUCAACUGGUACUGUUAGGGGAGUCUUCUCUGGGAUUAGAUCUCUCAGAGAAUGUUUUGCUUCUAAAUGUCUUUCAAUUUCUUCUGAAGUCAUGUGACCAUCUCCAUGGUUAACAGUUGUAGAAAAAUCAGAGGUGGACAAGGAUGUCGCCGUCUCCAAGUCUGAUACAGGAACUCGGGAUAUAUUUCCAUCAAAUUUGGGUUCAUGAGGUUUUUUUUUUAUACUUUGCAAAAACAGACGCCAAUGUUUUCUCACUCGAAAGCUUCAUUGUUUUUGUUAUAGGUAGUCCUUUUCUAGCAAAACGUGCCUUUUUUUAGCAGUUUCCAUCAAUUCGAGGACACAAUUUACGGGAACACUCACUUAACGAGGUUUCACGCUAACAGAAAACUAAAACUGUCUCAAGCAGAGCUAUAUAUCAAUAGAAAAAUGACAUAUAAUGCCACAAAAAAAGGAAUUCAAAAAUUAUUUACUUUUUCUUAUGGUUUUGUUCAGGUUUUUUU